GGGCGACUAAAGAAAUAUGGCGGCGCUGUAAGGACGGUCUCGGAACAUUGUAAAAGGUUUCAUACACUUUACAAUGAAGGUUAAAGUCCUUUCAAGGAACCCCGCCGAUUACAUACGAGAGAACAAGUCAGAUAUUCACAAACUCCAUCGCAACCUUGAUCCAUCAUUACAUCCUUUCGAAGGACCGCGCGAGUAUACACGUGCGUUAAACGCGGUUAAACUCGAACGCGUUUUUGCCAAACCAUUUGUAAGCUCUUUAGAUGGGCACACUGAUGGUGUGAACUGUAUUGCUAGACACCCUAGAAGCUUGUCCGUCUUACUUUCUGGCUCAUGUGAUGGGGAGGUAGGUGUUUACUUUGUCCUUCUCAAAUUAAAUUUAAUUUGUUGACGGACUACUGUCCUAACUUGUAUAUUUCCCAUAAUACACCUUGUUUGCACUCCGAACUUUGCAUUGACUUCAGUUUCCCUUUCGAUUAAUGCAAUGCCAUUGACAAAUUAAGAACAAAAGUUGUAUGCCAAACUUGGGGUGGCAAACAAGGUGCAUUAUGUGAAAUGUGAAAGUGGUGAAUAGUAGCUUGAUCCUCAGUUGAUCACGGGUAGCAAGAGGCCAUUAUAACAAUAGCUCUUUAUUGAGAAACCGGUCAGUGUAAAACGCAGACUGCGGACUGCAGACUGCAGACUGCAGACUACACACCAGGGGUAAAAUGCAGACUGCGUGUAAAAUGCAGACUGCAGACUGAGAGUAAAACGCAGGCUGGGGUAAAAUGGAGACCGAGCAUAAACUGUAGUCGUGGAAGGGUUUAAGGGCAAAACAAUCCCGCAAAUACAUGUAAACGAACUCUUACUUGACGACAUCUGCUUUCAAAAAUCCAUUCCUUUCUUGUCAGAAACGUCUUCACGACCCGAAAACAUACUAGUAAUCGCAAUCUUGAACCUUUUUCCGUCCGAGAGACCUCACGCUUCAACUUAAUAGACGGGAACUUUUCAAUACGCAUGACCAUGAAUUGGUACAACGCCAUGAUGUUUGCUGACCCAAAAUACUGUACAGAAAGAAUUCAAAACAAUUAUGGCGACAAAAAAGGGAGUAAAUCAUUCCAACAACAAAAGAAGAUGUUCUGCAGGAAAUUUGGAUGACCUUCUAUGAAAGGAUUGAAAAUCAAGAUACGCAGACUUUAGCUGUUUGGAUGUUCAUUGAACUUUUGGCGAAUAUGCAAUGUACUAACUUUGACUAGGAAGCGAGGUGUGUAACUGAUACUAGCUAGCUAUUUGGAAAAGAAGGAGCACAUUAUUGUUUGUGAAGUCUACAAUCUUCAUUCUGCAUUUUGCACCCAGCCUGCGUUUUACUCUCAGUCUGCAGUCUGCAUUUUACACUCUAUCUGCAUUUUACCCCUGGUCGGCAGUCGGCAGUCUGCAGUCUGCAGUCCGCAGUCUGCGUUUUACACUGACCAAUUGAGAAACAAAACUGGCAAGAUGUCUUUAAUUUGGGAUGCCUUUGUAAAUCUGUUGCAUGACCUUCGUAGUUGCAGAAAUUAGGUCUUGUCAUUUGCACAUACAACAUUGUGCUGUAAGGUGCAUAAUAUCGCUACUUAAAAACAUUUUGGAAGCCCUGUAGUAUUGUGCUCUAAGGUGAAGGAUUCCAGGAAAACACCUUAUACUCCUUUGCAUUUGAACACCUUGAUCCUUCGUUUUAUAGACCGUGAAUGGUUGGUCUGACCAGGAUUUUCUGUAGUAUUCAGUAGUAUUCUAUGAUGGUACCUCCUAAUCUUCAGACUAAAACUCUGAAGUGAUGAAGAAAUAACAGUGUUGUUUGCAGUAUGAUAUAAGCGAUGGGGGGGGGGGUGAGAGGGAGAGAAGUAGGGGUAUUAAACCAUUUGUCUCAAAGUAGAAGACAGUAUAAUCGGUGGUUCAAGAGAGUGGUUGUUCCAUUGGCAAGAUUCAUGAACUGGUUACAAGCACAUGUGAACCUUUUUUUCAUUUGUAACAUGCAAUUUUGCUGGUGAUUAAGAUACAAUUCAAUUUAUUAUAGAUUCGUCUAUGGAGUUUACCAAGACGUGAAUGCCUCAGGACCCUAACAGCACAUUCUGGGUUUGUUCGUGGAUUAUGUGUGAAUUCUUUAGGAGACACAUUCAUCUCUGUAAGUUUUGAAUUUUUUUGCAGAAUGCAACUACCACAAACUACACAACAAUUCUCAUAAGACAAUAUUUUCGUCUCUGUUUGUUAAAAAGCUUUCAUUUUUUCUCAAAAAUCAAUAAUUUAUUUUAAAGAUUACAAAGUACCAAUCAAUUCUUUGAUUAUUUAAUGUAACUAUAAAUUCAAUAAAUCGUUGGUCAUGGGAAAUAGACACUAGCAGUCGCUGCACAUGUGAACAUACAUUAUUGUACAUUGUGCAUGUAUCCCAGAAGCCAAGUUUCUCUUUAACUCAAAGUGGUGCUUUUUUAAGUAGCAUAAUUUUUUAAAUGAAGUACAAAUUUUACAGGUGUGUUUAUGUAUGUAUGAAACAAAUAGAAAAGAUUUCUACUCAUCAUAUCACUGCAUUCAUGCAUUGUGCAUGUAUUUCUUGACUUUUGUAUUUACAGUUCAUCUGAUAAAUCUACACUCAAGUGCUCAAGAAUCAAAUUUUUAAAAAGUAAAAAGUAAAGAGGCUCUUAUUUGAAAACUUGUAACUACAGUAGAAUCCUUAUUAUUGGAACAACUUUGGGAAAGGCAGAUGGUUUUGAAUUAUCAGGAGGUUUGAAAAAUGGAGAGUAAUAUUACAGUGUUUGACUGGUGAAGUGACGUUAGGUUUGCUUCAAAUAAUUUGGGAUUUCGAAAAACUGAGGGUUCGAGAAAUCAGGAUUGUAUUGUAGUCUAGCUUGAUGUUUUUUUUAAUAAAUUGAGCCUUCAUGGAAACAACAGCUAGCUAAGAGAGCACAACAAGAUUUCUAGCUUCUUUCAGAGUUGCAUGUAGCAACUUUUUAAUAUUAGGCUUGACAGGAGUCCAUGAGUGGCUUGAAGAGCACCUGCCACCCGUUGAAAGGGGGAUCCAAACUGGACUCGCUUGAAUGGCUGGAAAUCCAGCGUAUAAUGCAACAGACUGUUUUAUUAUUUGAAUGAUUAUUAUUUUUAUCGUGAAACUAAAGUGUAGUCAUUCCUAAAACUUGCAUCUAGAUUGGAGAUGACAAAGUUAUAAAACAGUGGAGCAUGGAGCAGAGUUUGAGUGCCAGUGCAUCGUCACCAGAUCCAGUAAAUACAAUCAUAGGCAAGGUAUGAUGAUCCCUGUCCAGUAGAGCUGUAGCUUGUGCCAGGCUCUCCGUGACAAGUGAAAAAGUCUAGCAGGCGGUGAAAUAGCGAGUGAACGAAAAAACAGCUUGAAACGAGAAGGGGAGAGCCUGUAAUACCUCAAUCCAGCCCUCUACCCUGCUCUGUUCUUGAAAAGCAUUUCUAGUGUCAAAUGUUAAAUGUCAAAAUAUCCAAAGGUGCAAUGUAGGGUUUCAUGUACUUAACCUGUUUGUUAGACGCUGCGCGAGCAGUCAUAUAUGACCAAUCAUGUUCCUGAAUGAGUUGUUAAACAAUUUUUCAGACUCCACUACUCCAUGUUUCCCUAACACCCAUGUGGUUUUCACGCAACUUUUCCUGAUCCGCUUUCCUCACUUUCUUGGAGCCUGGAACAGGCUUGUAAAGCUGGUGAAUAUUGAGAUUUACUGACUUUAACGGGGUUAACACGUUGAUUACUUGUAAUGCAGUAGUUUAUGUGCAUUACUCAAUCACUUUCUGUGACUUGCUUUAAGAUGGACAUAAGGACAGCCAUCUCAAAUCUUUCAAGUUGAUGGGUCCUCAUCAGGGGAGGGGCCUGGGGGGCCUGGGCCCCCCUUUUCGCCGGGUCUGGAUGACCACCCCACCCCCCCUUAUUCUGAAGGUCUGGAUUUGCCACUCAUUUCGUAGCUCAGUGGUCUAUGUGCAUGAUCCAUACCAUGUCUUGAAUGUCACACAUUUGUGUGUCAGAAGUCAGUAUUUUCCUUUGUUUGAUGGGUUUAAUACACCUUGGUCUUUUUCAUUCAUUAGAAUCUUUAUCAUGGUAUCGAUCAUCAUUGGAGGAGUGCCGUAUUUGCAACUUGCGGAGAACAAGUUGAUAUCUGGGAUGAACACAGAGCUGAGCCCGUGAGGAGCUUCACUUGGGGUGUGGACACCAUCCAUAGUGUCAAGUUUAACCCCAUAGAGGUAAAAACCAAAAUAACCAAUCCCAUUUGGUGGCUUAGCUCCUGGAUAGAGGAGGAUGUUUGUCGAAAUUUGUUAAAUCUGUUCUCUGAUAGCAUGAUUGGAUUUUCAAGGCUAUGCUACAAUCCUGGCCCAAAGGUGUUGGGACACCUCCCCUUUUUCACUUGGUUUUGUGUGGAAUUUGCAGCUAACCUGCGGUACACACUCAUAAACAUGGCCUCAACAAGAUUUUUCCCCCACCCCCCCUAAACAAAGUUGAGGCCCAUAAUGUGUACAAGAUAUGUAAAAGGUGUUUGACUUGUAACACCCAACACUGUUCAGGGGGGGAGGGGGGUCAACUUUAAUUACAUUUUCCUCACCUAAAACGCAAAGUGUCCCAAACGUUUUGACCAGGAUUGUAAGUGUUCGUCCGCUCUGGACCUGUGAAAUCCAGGGUGGCCUGCAUUGCUGUUGAUUUCUAUGAAAACAACUAAGAUUUAAUUUUUCUAAUUGUUAGGGAGGAAAAGUUAGGCGCCAGGGGCCAUCGGGUACCGCUAGAGCCCAGCCUUGAAUUUGUUGAUGUUGAUUUGCCACGCACAACUUUAUAUUAAGGAGCAAUAGGCAAAACAAUAUAUGCAAUAAUUUAGCUCAGACGUCGUGGAGAAGCGAACGCAUCACCAUUGAUUUAGGAGUAUUCUGACAAAGCCAGCACCGUGGUAUUUGAGAACCGUUACCAUUUUUUUUCUCCAGACCCAUUUGCUUGCCAGCACGGCUUCCGAUCGCAGCAUUAUCCUUUAUGAUAUGCGCGGUUCGACCCCACUCCGUAAGGUUGUCAUGGAGAUGAGGAGCAACACAGUGGCCUGGAAUCCACUUGAGUCGUUCAUCUUCACAGCAGCCAAUGAGGAUUCGAAUCUGUACACGUUUGAUAUUCGUCGUUUUAACCAACCAAUCAACGUGCACAUGGACCAUGUUUCAGCUGUACUGGACGUGGACUAUUCUCCCACGGGUCAGGAAUUUGUGACUGGAAGUUUUGAUAAAACGAUCAGGAUUUACGGUCGCGACAGUGGAAGAAGCAGGUAAGUCCAGAAGUGGUCGACAGAGCCCGGUUUUUAAAAGGGGAAUUACGCUUUCCACCGCGUAAUUCACUAUCCACUGCCUAUGUAAGCCAUAGAAACCAGUUCUUUUAUACUCGAGACUUUUUCAGUGCACCUACUGUUCACGUGAGACGUACUCGAAAAUACAAGAGCCGGAACGCUUCUCACCUCAGACUAACGGUCCCGCCCGCCGGGGGAGGUUUCGCAGAACGGUGACGGUUGACGGUGACGGUACGAAUCUCGACCAAUAAACUAAACCUUAGUAAAUGGAUUGAUUCUAGGGUAAGGGUUGUCUGGGAAACUGCCCACCUACCCCUCCCCUAAGCUAACAUGAACACUUAUCUCUUACAUGGCCAAAAUUAUGGCGUAGGGGCGGGGUAGGUGGGCAGUUUCCCGGAAACCUAAAUUGAUCUGGGUAGUCCUGAAUGGGACUUAAGUGACAGUGACGUUUCAACAACUCAUGCGGUAUUCGUCAUGCAAUAGACGCAACGUGAGACACAACUAACUUUCACUCUGAAUAUUACAGGUAAUCUAUUCACGACUACGAAUGCUACGAAUGCCAGGAUGAUCAUAUUCCACCUACUCAAAGCAUUACCUCGUUUCAAAACCGAUAAAAAACAAUGAUAAACGGCCGGUAGUUUAGGUGUUCUCUAAGGUGUCGUGCGGUGGGUACGGUUGGUCAUUAAAUUGAUUGUUUUUAAAAAGACCCGAUUGUUGCAACUGAACGCUUGUCUCAUCCCUAGGGAGGUGUAUCACACACGAAGAAUGCAACGCGUGUUUUGUGUUCGAUUCAGUGCGGAUUCCACUUACGUCCUUUCAGGAAGCGAUGAAACAAAUAUCAGGUAAAGUGACGUAAAACCAUUUGAUUUAUUUUUCUCAACUUCAUUAUCUAUGAGAUGAAGAGGUUUGGAAAUCGGAUCGUUAUUACCAAAAACAAUGUUCUGACUUAAACUUUGAAUUUUUUCAAGAAUUUUCGAUCAUUCUACACUAAAGUUUCAUUAUUUCUCAAGGAAUAGGAGAGUGUUUUAUCCGAAGAAGUUGGUUUGGAAAAACUUUGUCGCGUUUCGUGACUUCUUUCUUGGUGUCUAGGAAUGUUACUUGACGUUUUUUCCUUCGUUUUUUUUCUUAAGGAGCUCAUCCUGAAAUGGUUUCUUUUAUCCUUUUCCCCCUAGAAUAUGGAAAGCUAAUGCUUCACAAAAACUGGGAGCGGUAAGUAGUUCAGUCCCUGUGCGAUUAGGAGCAGCCCCUCUUUUAAGAAGAUCCUCAAGAUAUUUUUAUUCCAGAAAGCUUUUAUGUAAUUUUAUGUGCUUUCAAAACUCGUUUUUAGUAAUACAGCGUUUACAGUUCAAAUCUCUAAGUAAUACUGAUUUAUAAUUUUAGUGAUGACAUAAUGUUUUUUAAGCAAUAAUGAAAAAAGCGAAUAUUGAUAUCGGCGUUAUAUAAGUUUUAUUAUUAUUAUUAUUAUUAUUAUUAUUACUAUUAUUAAUAUUAUUAAUUUUGAGGUCGAGCAAGUUUCUUAUAUCGGGGUUUCAGUGUAUUGAUAUGAAAUAUGUCGGUCAGUGUUAAACGCAGACUGUCGAUGCGUACUGCAUUGCGGAUUAUGAGUUCGAUACAGAUUGGAGAAGAACCUAGAGUUCUUCCUUUGGUAGUGGACUGCGUUUUACAUUGAUCUAAUGCAAAGUAUCGCUUACCCAUGACGUAUUGAACAUUCAUUCUGGGGACAUAACGAGUCAUUACAGGUAUUUAAAGCAAAGGUCGUUAAAAUGGACCCUCAGAUAGGACUGCAAGUAUGUGUGCGAGUUUUUCUUCCUUUUUUGCUUCAGUUUGGCCAGUUUUAAAAAGGUUGUGAAUUUCGUCAUACAACUCAGAUAUUUCAUGGCAUGUCUCUUGGAAGUAAACUGGUUUCCGGUAAUUAAGAGUCCUUUUCUUUUUUUCAGCUUGCUCCACGGGAAAAAGCAGCGUUUAACUACAAUGCCAAGCUUAAGGAAAGAUUCCAACAUCAUCCUCAGCUCAAGCGAAUUAAGAGGUAACUGUACACCUUUAUUUCUUAGAAUUGCUCAGAGUGCGACAAAGUGAAGGCCACACCAUUGGGACCUAAGCAACCACCACAGUGAAGGCAAAAAACGCGUCUUUAAUUAAGUGAAAUCGCAUUACGUUUUAUCGCGAUUGUUCUUUCGUACUGAAUUGAAUUUUCCCUCAUUCCGCUCCAGUAAACACGAUCAGUUUCCUCCCGUUUUUUUAAAAAAGGGUUUAAAGGCUUGCUUACAUUGGAAAGUGCACUUAACUUGUCCAGCUAGUUUACAGGCACUCCAUUCAUAUACUUAGAAACAAAUAUUUCAAAUACAACAUAACAGGAUUAAGAACCCCAACUGGCAGGAGGCAACCAGAUGGCUAUUUACAAGCGUCACUUGGGGCGAUCGACAAUGCAAUGCAACGCAAUGCAAUGCAAUGCAAUGCAAUGCAAUGCAAUGCAAUGCAAUGCAAUGCAAUGCAAUGCAAUACAAUACAAUACAAUACUGGUUUAUUCAUGAUGAUUAGCAAACAAAUCCAGCAAGCCGCCCGUUUUAUUUUCGUGUUCGCGCUUUCUUAAUUUCGCGAACUCGGAGCCUGGAACAGACUAAGUAAACCAGACAAUGAAUCGAAGUCGAGGCUUCGACGGACAAUUUCGUACAAAUCACUAUAUUUUGUCGAGCGACCUUGCAUCAGAUCUAUCGUAAGACCUCACGGUAUUGUUUGGGAAUAGUUAACAAUGGAACCUCGCCCGAAAACAAAAGAGCAACGACAUUUAGGGUCCAAUUAAAUUAGAGGUUUUGAAGAGCUGCAAGGCUGCUGAUUUUGUCAAGGGGGGCAAGGGUGGUGAAGUGGUGAGAGCACUCGCCUCCCACCAAUGUGGCCCGGGUUCAAAUCCCAGCGUCGACGCCAUAUGUGGGUUGAGUUUGUUGUUGGUUCUCUCCCUUGUGCCGAGAGGUUUUUCUCCGGAUACCCCGGUUUUCCCCUCUCCUCAAAAACCAACACUUCCAAAUUCCAAUUCGAUCUGGAACGCACGGACACGUUUAAACGAGUUCAUAUGAACUCUUAAGUGCUUCGAGGGUAAAAAAGCAAUUUACAAUUUUUUUUUGUCACCCCAAGCCUUGAGUUGGUACCUUUGUUGAAUGCAGGAACAAUCUAGAUAAAGAGUUCCAAUAUUUGAUUUCGGGCCCGAAAAUUUUCCAGGGAUUUCAAGAAACGGGCCCCUGUACCCUCCUUCUCCUUUGGGAGCAUAAAACAACAACACCUUUUAUUAAUAUUUGUUACUUCGAAACUUUAAAAAUUUGAGCGUUUAUUUUACUGCAGGCAUCGUCACGUCCCUAAGGCUGUAUUCAAGGCUGCCAAGGAGAAAAAGAUCAUACUGGCUUCAAGAAAGAGAAAGUAUGUACUUGACUACUACAUG